AUGGCUUUUAAAAUUUCUUUAACGGCAAUUCUGGCGCUGUUGGUUUUAUUUCACGAGAAAGCCGACGCUGGCGGUCACGCGCACUCUUUUCAACAUUUCCACGGACCCGUGAUAGGCGAUGCUCGAGAGGUGACUUGGAAAGACAAGCACGGUCACCACGAUCAUGAUUACGUGGCACAUCCGCACUACGAGUUCUCAUACGGCGUCGAGGACCAUCAUACCGGCGAUUAUCAUGGCCAAAAGGAGCAUAGAGACGGCAAAGAAGUAGUCGGUGAAUACACAAUAAAAGAGCCCGGCGGAAAUAUUAGAACGGUGAAAUAUCGCGCUGGAAAGGAUGGAUUUUUCGCUCACGUUCUUAACAGCAACGGUAACGACCACGACGGAGGACACCACCAUUGAACGAAACGUUGUUUCAUUCAUUACCAAAG